AUGGCAAGGUUACGUACCGCUCCUGGGACCGGCAUGUCUGUAGAUGAGGGUGGCAUCGGUCUUCCUGCGAUAUGUGCGUUGAUCGCAUGCGAAAGGCUCGGGGAUCGCUCUUUUUCCAAGGAAGUUGCUCAACGCGCGUCGUGUCUCCGACCUCAGCUAUUUGAACAAACGUUGACCACCGUACGAACAGUACUUAAAGAGCAGGAUAACCUUGCUCCUUCCAGAAGUACUCGCUCUGCCCAACGCCCUAUCUCUUAUGACAGUCUGACUAAAAAAUACGGAGCGAACCGUACGGAUCCGAACAUUAUUAAGGACUGUCAGCGUGUAGAGCGUGGGUUAGGAAUUGCACUUGAUGAUACUAGUGGCUGGAAUGAUCGUCGCAUCACGGCAACGAUUUUCUGGUGGUGCUGCGAGGCUCGAGGGAUCCCGAUCGUACCUGAGAAGGAAUACCUAAAGACACAUGAAAUUUCUCAAAAUGAUUGGAAUCUCAUCAAGUUUCAACUUACGCGAUGUAUGCAGGACGAGUAUCAACGAUUGCGUGGCAAAGCUUCAGGUGCCACAAAACUACCCCCACCUCGGCCCGCCAAUGUAAUCAAAAUACGUCGCCGCGGGAUAGCACCCGAUCCGAACGCAUCUGGGGUAACUCCCAAACGCAAGGGAUCUCCCUCGUACGAAAACGAAGAGUACGAAGAAGGAUAUAGUGUUAACCCUCAGUCACGCGACGUGUCCUCACCUGGGCCGCCACUGACCCCUCCACUUGCGGAUUCUUUGCCUCCCGCCUCGCCUCUGACGAAAAGAGCAGGAUCACUAAAGUAUCGACCAGUAUACCCAGAUCGCAGCAUGUAUGGAUUAGAACGUGUCGCUCUGAGGGCUCAGGCCGCUGCUGAUUUUGUGGCGUGGCGCGCGGGGACUUUAGUCAUAGGCGCCCCUUGA